CCCUUCAUAUUCGCCUCCGCCUCCCUCGUCAAUUCCACGCGACCGCCAGAGCGUUCAGAAAGCACCAGCCCCCAAAGCCCCACGAGAGAGACGAAUCUUCCGAAUCUCUCGGCGGCGAUGGCGCUCUCCGACCGCUCCCGCGAGUCGCUCCUCCCGAGCUUCCUCUACAGCUCCUCGGCGCGCUCCUUCGCCGCCACAGGCGCCGCCGCCGCGCGCCUCCCUGUCUCGGCCCCGGCGCCUGCCGCGGCUGGAGCAGGAGGCCGCGUGCCGUUCUCGAUCCAGGCGCCCAGCGAGAAGAUCGAGAUGUACUCGCCGGCCUUCUACGCAGCCUGCACAGCCGGAGGAAUCGCCAGCUGCGGGCUCACCCACAUGGCCGUCACGCCGCUCGACCUCGUCAAGUGCAACAUGCAGAUCGAUCCAGCGAAAUACAAGAGUAUCUCAUCUGGAUUUGGUGUCCUGUUAAAGGAGCAAGGGGCUAGGGGCUUCUUCAGGGGAUGGGUCCCUACCUUGCUUGGUUACAGUGCUCAGGGGGCUUGCAAGUUUGGCUUCUAUGAGUUCUUUAAGAAGUAUUACUCGGACAUUGCAGGGCCUGAGUAUGCCCAGAAGUACAAGACUCUGAUCUACCUUGCAGGAUCCGCAUCUGCUGAGGUAAUUGCUGAUGUGGCUCUCUGCCCUUUUGAAGCUGUGAAGGUACGUGUGCAGACACAACCUGGAUUUGCUCGUGGGUUGAGUGAUGGGCUCCCCAAAUUUGUCCGAUCUGAGGGUGCUCUUGGGCUCUACAAGGGAAUUGUUCCUCUCUGGGGUCGUCAGAUUCCUUAUACAAUGAUGAAGUUUGCUUCCUUUGAGACCAUCGUUGAGCUUAUCUACAAGCAUGCUGUGCCUGUUCCGAAGUCUGAGUGCAGCAAGACUACCCAGUUGGGUAUUAGCUUUGCUGGCGGUUACAUUGCUGGUGUCUUCUGUGCUAUUGUGUCUCACCCGGCUGACAAUCUUGUGUCUUUCCUGAACAAUGCCAAGGGUGCUACAGUGGGCGAUGCUGUUAAGAAGCUGGGUCUCUGGGGUCUUUUCACUAGAGGACUUCCUCUUCGUAUCGUCAUGAUUGGUACCCUUACUGGUGCUCAGUGGGGAAUUUACGAUGCUUUCAAAGUGAUGGUUGGACUCCCAACAACGGGAGGACCUGCACCAGCAGCGGUGGCUGCCCCAGCAGCAGAGGCUGAAUCGAAAGCCAGUGCUUGAUUUUUCUGUAUUCCCUGAGAUCAUAUUUGGUGGAGGUUGGAGUUGUGUAAUUCACUCGAGAGCUUAGUUCCCGAAUCAUUUUUUUUUCUUAACGGAAAAUUUGUCCGUCAUCCUUAUGAUGAGAGGAACUCAUUAAACAAGUGAAAUAGGUCUUUUUUGCCCCCGGGAAAAGUUUAUGCUGGAUGCAUAAUAAUUUGUAGGACAGCAAUGCUGUUAGAGCGCAGGUUUUGGUUACCUCCUUACUAAGUCACAUUUCACAUUACGAUGUUUAUGGAAGCGUGCACCUCGUUUGAUGUUCUUUUUGC